AUUAUGCGGUGACAUAGAUAGGCGAGGUGGUUGAACAAUUUGUGGUACGAAAGCGAACUUAUUCUUCCCCAAAUUACCUCGCAAUAUCUUUGUCUGACCACCCGUCCUCGUUUUGUGAAAUUCGUUGUUGGAUAUCAAAUGAUGGUCAUCGAACCGGAUCAUGCGGAAGAAUUUAAUUGCAAACGGGAUUACCUAAUACGAAGUCGUGAACGUUCAUGAAUACUGACGAAGUUUCAGAAGUUAGAAGGUCGAUCUGUAGGUGAUGCAAAGGUAAAUCGACGGAAAUCUGGAGAAGGUUGAUGGAGUUUUCUAACUACAAACGUUGAAAAGAAAAAUUCACGUAAAAGCAGCCCUGUGCCAGUAUACUAUCAACCGGAACUGUAGAGUGCCAAGAACAACAGAUGGAAUACGUUUAGGAUAUCCAAAAGCACAAGUGACUCGGCGAACGAUCUACAUGAGGAUUACAGAGCAAGGUUAACGGAAUUGAAUGCAUGUGACAGAUGACAUAUUCACAGCUGAGUGGUCACCAUUGAUGACGAACGAGUGAGAGAAAAAACCAGCAGCACUACAAACACAGCUUCUUAACACAGAGUCAAGGUUGAACUUUCCCAUUUUCACGAGCACUUUAUUACCGCUUCGAAGAGUUAUAAGAGAAACUGCUCAGAAUUGAUUACUGUCAAAUGCAGGGAAAGUAUCAGCUGCACAUAAAACCUCGUGAGACCACGAUGAUAGGUGACUUCAUGACGUAUGAUUAAUUGCAGGAUUAUUGGUUUAUCAACAAAUCUGCAAAGAUAAAGUUGUACAGAUAUCAUUAUUGGAUGGAAUAAAUCAGGCAACUAAUUUAACAGGAUUUUUAGUGCCAUUUGUUAAAAAGGUUUAUUAGGAAAGGGCCUGUAGCUGAAUAACAAUAGAAAUUCUGACGGACCGGCUGAUUUGCAUUAUUUCACAAGCAUGACACAUGUAUAAACCUGCGUAUGCAAGAAGGAUUAUUUUUCUUUUCAUUUUAAGGUAAAGAAGCAUUUGAACGGUAUGUGAGAGCUAUUAAAUACGCAACUCAAAUACACGAAUACAAAUUUGCAAUGAUCAAACUGACCAAAUUUAUUAUAAAAAUAAUAAUCCGUUAGAAGUUGUGCAAAAUUCAAAUGACGGAUUAAUCUUUGAGGAAAGUAAAUACAGUAGCAUGUGUGUCGUGGACUUAGACUUUCUUACUCGACGAGAAGUUUCAAAUACAAAUGGAAUUUUAUUACUACGUAUUUUUACUACAGAGAAACCGUUCGGGAUUUGGAUUUUGGCUUUUAUGGCCGAUAAGUUAUUAAAUGGGUUUCCUGAAGUCGAUUUCUACCGCAAAUUCAAGUUUAUCCAAGGGAAUACAGAUGUGAAAAUGUCUGGAUUUGGAUAUUAGACUGAUUGAGUCAUGUCAUUGCGAAAGUUAAAAUGCCGCCACAAUUCAUCGCGGAGGAAGAGCACGGGAUCUCUCCCCAGGAAGGUAAAACGGGGCAACAGCAGCCGGGAAGACAUCCGGGUCUUUCUCCGCAAGAUGGCGGCUGACGACGAUGAUAAACAAAGGCUUUUAUUCAAAGCUUGCGACAUUAACAAGAGUGGGUUCAUUGAAAAAUCAGACUUGAUAGAAUUUGGUGCAAAUCACUGCUGGGUUGAACAAGAUAUUGAUGACUUGCUCUGGCAGUUAGAUAAGGACAACGAUGAGAAGUUGAGCUUGGAAGAAUUCAUGGAAGGGUUACAGUUAGAGGCCUUGGACGAUGAAGAUGAAAACACUGAUGAAGAGCCACCGGAUAAAACCAAGUCCAAGGGCCCGAAACCUCCCCCACCAAUACUUCGGCCGUUCUCGGUCAACAACCCACCGCUUUCCCCCGCAAUGAAGUCGCCAUCCUUUGAUAAGUUCCAGAGUGACUUCCGUUACAUCCCACCGCGCCGGCGACACAGUGUGUGCACGGAGCUGCCAGGGAAAGAUCGGUGUGGCUUCUGCGAUGACCUGUCUUGUAAUAUUGUGCUGCUCUCAUCCAGCAGCCAAGAACAAGUGGUGGAACUGUACCAGACCAUCCACACAGAUUACCCACAACUACUCCCAGUGUUUGAAAAGAUCAUCUUAGACGUGAUACGGGACAUACGGUUCCAUCAGCUGGAAAAUGAACGCCUCGAAAGCUCAUAUAAAAGAGAAAAAGAGACGCAUGAACGGCAUCUACGGCAGCUUGAAGAAGACAUUGAGCAUCAGAUGCAGAAGACAGAGAACAGGGUCCGGAAGGAAGAGAGGGAGAGAGCGGAGCAGGAGAAGUUGGAGCUGAAACAGGCGCUAGAGAUGGAGAUGCAAGAGUUACAGACGAAUCUGAAGAGGUUACAGCAGCUUGAAAUGCAGUUCAGCGAGAAGGUAUCGGACGAGACCGUACUGGACAUGAGGCGGCGAUUAGAGGACACGUCGACCGAGAACAGAGUGUUGAAAAGCGACAUCACAGAUGCUCAAACCAACCAAGCCAUACUAAGGAGCGAGUUGGCGACAUUACGACAGCAAUAUGAAGACAAAUGUAGAGACCUUAAAAACGAGAAGGACACGUUAUUAGAAUACAUGAAGGAGCAAGACAAUCUCACAAGACAGCUGCAUUUAUUACACGAUGCGAACAAAAGGCUCCACGACACAAAUGAUGACUUACGGGCGGCUCUCGAUGCGACGAGAUCAAAUCACAAGCGAAACAAGUCAGAGCCGCCCAGUCGUUUCGAUGAAGGCCGAGGUUCUGUCGUUGGGGCCUACUUAGCCAGCGGGGCGGAUGGAAGACCGAGGAGUGUGUGUUCCUCGUUACCUGAAGAGGAAAGUUUGGCCAUUUGUGACCCAGCCAUGGCCAUCCAGCGGCGACCGUACCGACAGAGAAGCAUCGACAAGGACAGCCUACCAGAGGACUUUGGUGUACUCAUGUCAGUUUCCUCCGUGUUUGAUAGUGGCCAUUCGACCCUGCGGGACCUGAAUGAGUUUGAUUCCGAGUUUGAAGCACAAAGUUUUGAUGGUGAUCGCCAUUCCUACAGAUACAUGGAGACGGAAACGGAGACAGAGUCUAAUCGCCAGGCCCCAGACUCCCAUGACGAGAUGGACACUGAGGUGGAACUCGACUUAUAUCGGAGUAGGAGGUCAAGGUCGGGGUCAAGGUCACCCAGUCACAGCCGUCCUCAUUCCGUCGCUAGCAGCAGAGGAAGUAGUAUGAAAUCGGUCAAGGUCAGAAAUGCCAGGCGUCAGCUACCAGCAAUUCCAAAGGAGGUGCAAGUCAAGCCUAUAAACCAGGAACCCGAGCGAAUGUACAAGGUAGUACUAGCAGGGGACGCAGCAGUCGGAAAGUCCAGUUUCAUAAUGAGACUAUGCAAAGGGAAGUUCGUGAAUAACCUUAACUCGACCCUUGGCGUGGAUUUCCAGACCAAGACGAUAGAAAUUGACAACAGAGUGAUUGCGCUGCAGCUGUGGGAUACUGCCGGCCAGGAAAGGUUCCGAAGUAUAGCGAAAUCGUACUUUCGAAGAGCGGACGGUGUUUUGUUGCUCUAUGACUGUACUUACGAACGGUCUUUCAUCAAUGUUAGGGACUGGGUCGAGGCCGUCGAGGAUGGCGCCCAGAAGAAGAUCCCCAUCAUGUUGGUGGCCAAUAAGACCGACUUACGUGAAGAAUACGAGGCGGAAGGUCGACGGACGGUGAAGGCAUCUGACGGGGAGAGGCUGGCCAAGAGCUUUGAUGCGUUAUUCAUAGAAUCCAGCGCCAAAGAUGGAAACAACAUAUUAGAGGCCGUUACCGAUUUAGCAAGAAUAUUACGGACAAACGAAGAUAUAGAAGUCCAAGCGGCAGGACUUCAACUGAGAUAUAACGACGACAGACCGAAGAAGUCAACAUCCACACCAUGCUGUAACGCGUAGUGAAGAAUUGGGAGGAACCUAUAGGGUUACAAGAUGUUGAACUUAGUGCAUCACGCGCUGAUGUCAUUCGCGUGGUAGAUGGCGCUACCGUUAUAUGAAUUCUCGCCGGAUGACCGUAUCUGAGCGAUGCACGCCGUAUACGUACAGGAUGCCAACCAAUUCGUGCUUUGAAACGUACAACUGGUCUGAAGGUGUAAAAAAAAGAUCGCUGCUGCCUUGUACCUCGUUGCUUGAGUGCUGACCGUGAUGGUGUUGCGCCGCGUGAAAUCGGCCAUCAAAAAGACAAGACACAGUCCCACGGUAGGCAGUGAGAAAACCGAUGAUGGUGGUGCAGGAAAUACAGCUGCGCGAAGAACUGACUUCAUGUUGUCCUCAGCUGCGUCAUGGCUGCGUAGCUCAAGUCCUAAGUUCAUGUAUAUAAGUAUUUUUGUGCAUUUCGAGUGCAUUUCAUAACCACACAAUGUUUUCUUCAUACAUAGUUUUUUUUGUGGGCUUAUGUGACAACAACGGCGUUGGCUGACAUAGCAAGACAAACGUCCAUGGUAUGGUUGUGAGCUGUACGCGCAUAUUUAUUCCUGUAAAUACCGUGAAUAUGAUUUCAAUAGUCUGAAAUAAGACUAUUGUUGCAUUUCGUCCCGUACAAUAGGGUUUUACGCAUUGGUUGGGUUGUCUGUUUUAGCAUUUCAAUUUUAGUAAUAUCAUUGGAUGAGUCUUUCAUUGUCUUCACAUGGGAGACACCGCAAUCAAAGUUCCGUAAUCCCGGAUCCAUGUGUGUAAGUUAGUGGCGACCUCCAUCUUAUACAUGUAUAGGGCAUCAACACAUUUUUGGGCACAAAGUGUAAUUUUGAGAUGGUCCGUAACUUGGACGGGUGCGGAGGAGGGGGGGGGGGGGGGGGGUGAAACACGGUAUAGUGUAUCUUCCGAUCGCUCGGGGAGAAAUUCAAUGCACAAAUCUGUAUAGAACAGUUCUAUGAUGACAUCCCUUUCACUGACUGUGCAUAUCCUUCAUGUACACGUACAUUCCACGUGUAUUUCCAUUUAAUAUUUCUAGAGUGUGUUUUAUUCCGAUCCCAUUUAAUGCAGUACAUUCCAUGCAUACUUCUGCUUACAUGGCUGCGUGCAAUAAGCGUAUUUGUUGCAUCGUGCAUUCAUUCCACUGCCAUCCAUGUUCCCUUUUGAAUGUAUUAAAUUUGCAUGUUUUUUCUUAGUGCAUUCAUAUUUGAGAUACAUCCAAUCCAUUCGUUUCAUUCCUGCAUUGAAUGCAGUUGUCUCAGUACACUAAACUCAUGCACUAAGAUGAUAAUGCACUGAAUGUAGUGGUUCCAUGCAAUGAACUGACAUGCAUGUGUGGCCGCAUAUGUUAAGCUCACUUCAUGGUGAAAUAAAUUUUAAUUUUCCAACAUAGGUUAUAGAGUUGAAUUUCGUAUAAUGUUAUCAACAAUGAUUGAUAAAAUGUAUUCAUUAUUGAACCAAUAGUAUUAGCAUGGUGAAGGAAAUAACUGAGCAGGCAAACUUCGUAUUGAAUAAACUCAAGUGAAGUACCGUCUGGUCCGUUACCAGUAACUGUGAUGUGCUGAUGUACCUUGAUCAUGUUGAUUUCUCUAGCAUCAGCUGAAUUUGAAGCCAGCUUUCCAGGGGAUUUCAACCAACAACACUUCCAUCAAACAAUAUCAACUUCAAGACGCACUUUGUUUGGCACAUAUGUCAUUUUAUUGAUGCAUUUUGUUUGCGCCAAGUCAGAGGGAAAAAUGAAAGCACCUCGAUCUUAGUUUGAUUCUCUAAUCUACUGUGAUAAAAAAUGAAAACAUUAAUUAAAUAUACUAUUAUGUACAGUAUCUCAUUUUGCAUUUCAAUAUGUCAUUAUUGCAAUUUCGUCCGGCAACAGAAUAAUUGUUAAAGUUUGCGUCAUGUACGGUUGACACUUCUGUUAACCGCUGAAUUUUCAUUGGGCAAUUUAUUUUCGCCAAUUUCACGAAUAACCUACGUAGAUUCGCAAUAGAUUCGCGAAAGUAAAAACAAGAAAACCGCGAAAAUAAAUUUUGAAUCGAAAACCGAAAGACAUUUUAAAAUACGUCAACAUAAAUAUCGUCAAAAUUUUAUUUUUAUUUAUUUAUUUUUAUUUAUUUAUUUAUAUUUUUUGAAACUUUCGCGAACCGCCAAAAAUAAGCAGCGCGAAAAUUUAGCGGUUUACAGUGUUUUGUUUGAUGUCAAAAAACCUUCAAGUUGCUGUUAAAUUAUUUGUUUGGAAAAUUAAGUGUGAUAGUAUACAUGUAAAGCCUGUGAUUGCUUUAGCCUUGUCGUAUUGUAUUUGAAAUCCUCUUACAUGUUGUCAAAAUCAUCUUCCCUUAAAUGGCGGGUGGUUCGUUCGGACGUUCGCUGACGAUUGUUUAAAUGUGUCCGAGUGGUUAUAACAGACACAGUCAAAUAAAUGUUGUGUCCGAAAAGCACACACGUGUUGCCUCUUGUUCCUGCUAAGGUGCCAAAGUCCCGCCAGAGAAGACCCCCUAGAGUUGGUCCGUCACACUUGUAAAAAAGCUCAUCUCCAAAGGGUAAAGAACACUUUGGUCUUCAUCCCAAAUCCAAGAUGUGUGAAAUGCAGAUACAAACCGGUAAAAGGUUAAAGAACGUUUAACAGUAAAAUAAUUAUGGGACGACCUGUAUUGAAUUUACUUCAUUGCCAGUAAGCAUGUGUGAUAUCAAGAAUCGAUGAAGACCAAGAAUGUGGAAGCAAUACUGCUGCAGCAGCUUGUCUCAUGCUAUGUACAAAAUGUACCAAGUUCUGACAAAAUGGGGCAAGGUUGAUUUGGCUCCUAUUCAAUAACUAUUACUGUUGUUGGCUAGUUGUUACUUCAUGUCGCAAAAAUAAAUGCAUUAAUUCUUUGACAUGCGCGACAAGUUUAUGGGAUUUCUGAAGUUUCAAAUUAUUGGUCUUGAUUGAUUAUUUGUGAUAUGUGUAUGCAUCUGAUCAUAUGACGCCAAAUAAAUUUAAGACAUUAUUCAAAA